UCGCCUCCUGAAGCACCUCCCGCAGCAGGGCUGCACUCUCAGUCCUCCCUGAGCAUUGGUGCUUCAGACAGGGAGAAGAUAGGAAGAAGCAGCAGAGGAGGAGAAGAAGGGGGAGUCUGUGGAAUGGCACCGGUGCAUGGGACCUGCAGCGGAAACAUGGAUCGGUCCGAGCGCAAUCUGAAGGGAAAGCCCAAGAGGAAGAGGAGGAGGAGGAGGAGGUGUAAAGGCAAAGGACAAGUCAACAUGUUAUCUACGCUCCUCCGGCCCAUAAGACACUGGGACACUGGAGCAUCAUCAGCUGAGGACGCAGACAGUUUAAGUACAAGCAGUUUGGAGGUGAAAGAGAACAAAGAUGAUCAAAGCCAGGUGGACUGUGACCUACUACGGAAGUAUUAUCCGUCAACCUUUUGCACAACUUUCCCCAAACGUGGACCGAGAGCCCUGAAGAGGAAACAGCCACUGGCGGAUGGGAAAGACCGGCUGCUCUACCAAAACCACGUGACCUGUAAGAGAGCAGCCUGGGCUGUCGCUCAGAAGAACGCGGUGGUCCAGCUGAAUGAGCUCCGACCCGGUCUGCGGUACGAGAUCACGUCAAAGACUGGCCCGCUGCAUGCGCCGCUGUUUUCCGUGGGCGUGGAGGUAAACGGUUUCCACUUCGAGGGCAGAGGACCAACAAAAAAGCAGGCCAAGAUGAGGGCUGCAGAGCUGGCUCUCCGCUCGUUCAUCCAGUUCUCAAACGCCCCCCAGGCUCACGCCUCCAUGGGGAACUUCACCAGCACUCCUGCGGAUUUCACAGCGGAUAAACUGGACAUCCAUGACUCACUCCUUAAAGAGUUUCAGCCAUCGCUGUUUGAAAACUGGGAUCUCCUGCACUGCAACACAGCACAAAACGAGGUUUUCUACAACAUUUACAACCACAGACGACUCGUCCAACUCGCCCUGGACUUAUUCUCGACCAAUCCAAAAAGACGAGCCCUUAGCAGCUCACUUCUGGGGCGCCUCAGCCCAGCGGCGCUGCUCAAUGAGCUGCGACCAGGACUCAGGUACACGUGCCUGACGGAGCGGGUUCACGGCAGGCACACGAGGAGAUUUGUUAUGGUGGUGCGAGCGGAGGGGAGGGUUUUUGAAGGGUGUGGCCACAGUAAAAGACUGGCCAAGGCUCAGGCGGCAGCAGCCGCCCUGCAGUCCCUUUACAACGUAACUCUGGGACCGGGGAGGAAGGUUCUGGGCCUCCACGGCAGCAGAGCCAAGCAUCAGCUACCUCAGUUCUUUGCAGAGUCCAUUUUCCACCUGGUGAGAGAGAAAUACUCCGAGCUGACAGACGGUUUCUCUACCGCCUCACAAGCCCGCCACAAGGUCCUGGCAGGGAUCGUGAUGACCAGGGGAUUUGACCUCAGAUCAGCGCAGGUUGUGUCUCUGGCCACGGGGACCAAGUGUCUGGACUCCGACAACGUGAGGGACCACGGCGGGACGCUCAGAGACUGUCACGCUGAAGUCCUGAGCCGGAGGGCGCUGGUUCGAUUCCUGUAUGCUCAGCUGGAGCUGCUGCUCCGUGAUCCAGCAGCCAGCGAGGAACAGUCGAUCUUCGUACCAAACCCAGGCGGCGGGGGCGUCCGGCUGCAGGACGGCGUCCUCUUCCACAUGUACGUCAGCUCGUCGCCGUGCGGAGACGCUCGACUCAACUGUCCCUACGAGACCACAGCUGCAUAUCCCAGCAGGAGGUUCCACUGUCACCUCAGGGUGAAGGUGGACGGAGGCGAGGGGACGUUGCCCAUCACAGCGCCAACGGCCAAUAUGAACUGGACCGGUGUACCUCAGGGCAAACGUCCCGUCACCAUGUCCUGCACUGACAAGAUGGCAAAGUGGAGCGUCGUGGGCCUCCAGGGGGCCCUCCUGUCUCACCUGGUGGAGCCGGUUUACCUGCACAGCCUGACGGUGGGGACGCUCCACCACACGGGUCACCUGGGCCGGGCCAUGGCACGGCGCCUCGCGCCCGUAAAGAACCUGCCGUUCCCGUACCGACGACAGCGACUGCUGCUCGGCUGUCUGAGCAGCAGCACGGAGGUUCGGCCGACGGGGCGGGCGCCGAACGUCAGCGUGAACUGGAGCCGUGGUGACGGAGGCCUGGAGGAGAUCAGCACCUCCACUGGGAGGAGGACGGACUCAGGGACGCCGUCACGGCUCUGCAAGCGCUCCAUGUUCGCACGCUGGCUGAGGCUGCAGCAGCAGUCUCAGUUUAAAGCUGCAGACACCACUCCAGGGACAUAUUCUGCUUCCAAGAUGGCUGCCAGACGAUACCAAAGGGCGAUGCAGCAGUUUACCGGCGCUCUGCAGGGUGGGGGGCUGGGGUCGUGGCUCAGAAAACCUCCAGAACUUGGUCACUUCAACGUCAGUGUGUGACAAAACUGUUGAAAGCUGA